GGGCUUAUUGGCGCUGCCGGAGGGGGUGGCGGCGCGGAGUUUGGGUGUUGUUUCAGCUCUCACGGCCCUCGCCAUGGCCGCCGCCACCUGGCGCUACCGCGGGGACCUCGAGGCGGAGCGGCCGGCGGCGCUCGUGCGGUUCGCCAACGGGAGGCUGCGGAGCCCCGAGUCCCUGCGCUUCACCGUGUACCGCAGCCGGGACACGGCCCAUCCCCGAAAGAGGCACCGCAGGAUCCUGGCUUCGCGAACGAAGAUUUGGGAAGGCACUACCCACGCUCGUUGCAAGAAUGCUGUGAUAGCAAUGUACGAUAAGGUCUCGGAGACAGAGCGGCUUUGCUACGUGGGGCACAAUUUCGGCAGCGGGGUCAUGAGGUGCAACUCCCUGUGCAGGUACUUUGUAGGUGUGUUGGACAAGGACUCUGGGCAGAUGGAGGUCUACAACGCCGAGAUGUUCAACAUGCAGCCUCUGCUCUCAGAUAACUUGAUACCUGAUGACACAAAGGAUUAUCAGAAAAAAUCCUACAGGGAGAAGGUGGAUUUGUGCAUCGAGGCCUUUGGCACCAGCAAGCAGAAGCGAGCGCUGAGCUCUCGGCGCAUGAACGCUGUGGGCAACGACAUUGUGAGCACAGCUGUGACAAAAGCAGCAGCAAACAUUAUAGAUGCAAAGGGAGUGACAGCUCUGAUGCAGGAUGUGGCCCAGGAUGACGUGCAGACCAUCUCUGCCUUCCUCCCGCCGUGCCAUGAGGAUGCCGACAGGCCAGAGCACGUGUACAAGUUCGAGGACAUCCUGUCCCCCACCGAGUACGAGGCGCUGCGGGUGCCAGCAGCUGCCCUGGCCAGCGCCACCGCGGAGGACAUCGCCAAGAAGGCAGAGGAGAGGAGCCACUGCUCCUUUGUUUUGGAGGAGCUGAAAUUCCUGCCUGCUGAUGAGAAGAGCAGAGACCGCAAAGCCCGAUGCCUCUGGUUCCUGGACACCCUCAUUAAGUUCAGCCACCUGAAAGUGAUCAAGAAGAAGCAUCCAAUGGGUCCCGAGUGCCCACACAUCAUCAGCAGAAAACUCAUGAAGAAUUUCACCUCACUGACCUACAACAACGGCAGCGUCCAGAAUUUAGUCUCUGCAUCCAUGAAGGCUAAAAUCACUGCCUACGUCAUUCUCUUGGCUCUGCACAUCAACAACUUCCAGACGGACCUCACCAUCCUGCAGAAUGACAUGAAGCUGCAGGAGAGCAGGAUCCUGGACAUCGCCAAGGCCCUGCGGCUGAAGAUAUCCAAGGCCAAAGGGGGGCUGGGGCUGGAGAAGGACCAGAACCACAAGCUGGGCACUCUGUCCCUGCCCUUGCCCAUGCAGAAGGCACCAGCAGGACAGCGGAAGCGCAAGAAAAUUAACUGAAAAGCCCAAGAGGUCUGAGGAGCAACACAGCCCCUCCCUCAGAACAUCAUGGGGAUGCCUUUGUCUGCUGGAUUUGGGUCCAGCACCAGGGUGGAACAGAUGUUUGCUUCAUUACAGUGCUGCUUUUUUAUAUUUAUGUAGAAAAAGCUGUAAUAAAAAGAGUCUGUCUCCAGGAGGGGAGGAUGUUGUGCAGGAU